CGUGAGGGCGCAGAGCGGCGCGCGGAGAGAAAACACCUGUUACUGACUGAGCAAGCAGACAAAGAGGAGCGUGUGCUUUCCACUAGUGCUACACACCUGACUACAAUUACUUCACACACCCACACAUCCCACUGUCAGGUGGGACCAUGUGGGUCCUGGAUAAGAUCCGAGACUCGGUGGAGACUGGCAUGCUGCGACAAGGAGAAAACGGAGACAAGAAAGGUGUGACUUCAUCCUACAGCAACGUCCUCACCCCUGACAAAAUCCCAGACUUCUUCAUUCCCCCAAAGCUGGUCAGCAGCCCUCCAGAACCUGAGAUUCCUAACAUAAAGCUCAGUGAAGGGUUGCAACCCUCAACUUCUGAGCAAACUAUCAGUAUCGGGAAGAAGAUCAGCAGCCCAAGAAGUCCACGUCUAGUCGCCAAAAUCGCUGGAGACACCAAGAACUUGCUGAAAGCAGCAAACCGUCACAUCAUCCAGAUAGAAAGUGCAGACGAUGUUGUGACUGGAGACACCAAUGCAGACCCUCAGUCGCAGACAGCAAUGUCACUGCCUUAUGUCCCCAAGACUCACACACCUUAUGGCUUUGCAACUUUGAAGGAAAGCCCCCACACUCGUCGUAAAGAGUCGCUGUUCCACUGUGAGCACACCAGUCCCAUCACCUCUCCAAACACCCAGAGGAAGACCCAGGGAAGAGGCAGCGAAGGAGGAAACCACCUGAAUCCCGCCGACUUCAACACCUCUCACAUGAAUCCUUAUCGAUACUUCAGCGGUGGGGAGAGUGACACCUGCUCCUCGGCUGAGUCCUCUCCCUUUAGCUCUCCAUUACUCUCCCGCUCUGCCUCCCUGCUCAAGAUCUUCACCCAUGAGACGCAGGCCAAAGUGGUGAAAGCCAAGCGGACAUUCGCUCGCCACAGCUCGCUCUCCACUGAUGAGUGCAGCUCAGCCGAGCCAAGCCCUAAUAUCCAGCGACGGCUUAAUGUGCCCUCUGUGCACGGCGGCGCAGGAGUUUCAGACAACAAGCUCCAUCGAGAGCACACCAUCAGCCUGCACAAAGGAGGGUCAAUGAGGAUAAGUGCCAACUACGACUCCAGCACUUCUCGUCUGCUCAUCCGGGUCCUCGCUGCAGAGAGUCUUUACGACAAGCACUUUGACAUCAAGAGCAUCAACUGCUGCGUGUCCAUCUACCUGAACCCGGGAAAGCUGCAGAAGCAAAGGAGCAACAUCAUCAAGAAUAGUCGUAACCCAGUCUUCAAUGAGGACUUCUUCUUUGACUCUAUAAGCUCAGUGCAGGUGAAGAACCUGUCCAUGAAGUUUAAGGUGGUUAACAAAGGUACUAGCCUGAAGAGGGACACACUGCUGGGACAGAGAGAGUUGCCACUGACAAAGCUGCUCUCUGGGCUUUAAAGCCACAGGACCUGGAGGUCAAAUAAGGCAAAAGCAAGAACACUGACAUUAGAUGUUUGCACUGUUUUUUGUUGUUGUUGUUGUUGUUUUUUUUAUAUAUAUACAAAAACAGCUGUUUUUGUUCUAAUGGAUUCCUGCUGUCAAAAUAAUGUAGGGAUAAUAAUUCCUAGAAUGAAAGGGAGGCUUUCCUCUGAGAACAUAAAAUAAAAUCAGCCCAGAAAAUGAAUUGGACGACAUUCAUAAACUGAUGAAUGAUUCAUGGGUGGGGAUCGAGGCAUGCCAGGCUACUUCACCCCAAAAUGAAAGCUAAUUUAACCAAGCAGGCCUCGGCAGCAACAGAUUGGUUCUACAGAUGAAAGGUGUUUUUUUUUUCCUGGACUUAUCUGGACGUCAGCAUCCUCAGUGAGGUCCUGUUCAAAGGUUAGAGCCACCUGUGCAUUGACCCGUCUCCAUGUCCUCGCCUGCACCCGUCAUGUGUGGAAGGGUUUUCUUAUGAAAAUGUGACAUAAAUCCAGCAGCGCAGGAUGUGAUUCUACAUCAGCUACAACAUGUGUGCAGCACAAAGAUGCUUUUGUGAGUCAGUGUGAGCUUUGAAGUAGCUCUAUAUCCUGAUGUGCAAAUAGCCCUUUGAUCCCAGUUGCCAUGGCCAACCUACUACAGGGGGGGAUGAGGGACAAAACAGUGAGCCACAAUGGCCAUAUUUACAUGCACAGCAAAAAAAGAAACCCUCUUAAUGAAUAAAUGCUGCAGAAUUGAAAAUUGAAAAUGAAAGUUAUAAUUAGGUUAAAAGGGCCCUUUGAAGUGGUUUGUUUGUUUGAUAAAAAUAUAUAUAUUAAUGUUAACAUGUAGUGUUUUCUACCACAAUUAUACGUGGGGAUUCCUCAGUCUAAAAAAUAUAUAUGAAUGCAUUAUUUUUCUCAUAAAAAACAUUUUUUUUUGUUUUUAAUUAAUUUUCUAUCAUCUCCAUGAGGUACCUACAAGUUUCAUUUUCUUUGACCAAACUUUAGGAACCUGUAUUCUGCAAUUUGAAGGUUGGAGCUUGUUUUUAAUCUGUUGUGUUUUUUUCUAAUGCAGUUUUCAUUUUAAAAUAUUCAACAUUUUGAAAUAAGUUGAUUCAUAUUUUGCAACAGGUUCAUAUUUUUUCAUGCACUCGCAGGUUUGUUUUACCUACUCUCUUAAACAAAAUACGGUUUUGAAUCGUAAACCUGAUAAACCAAAACAUAUCCAGUGUGAGGUGACUUGAUUUUAACGUCCUAACCACCAGUUGUUACUCAUAUGGCAUAAAAAUGUUUCAUGUCUUUAUUCCAGUUUGGACUCAUGAGGGACCAUGAGUGCAGGUUUCAUCUGCAGCCUGUCACGCAUGUCUCAUCCAGUGUGGGCACCUAGAUUAAAUCUGUGCAACCAAGCAACAGCGUUUUGCCAAAAUAAGUACACCAACAUCUUCUCUCUGCAUUUAGACUGCUGGUCUGCAUUUUCUGCACAGAUUCUCAAAACACAGAAAAAGUGACAACAAGUUUUCUCAACAGAUGUCUAAAAAUGUCCAUCAUUUGUCAAGAUGCUUCAGUGGAACAUAUCUAAUCUGUUUGCCAACAUUUUUUAAAUAAUCUAAAUAGCACCAGAAGAAUACAUUUUAUUAGAAGUUGCUGUGAUAAAAUGCUUAAUAGGUGAUUGAAAUGAGUUGUUGUCUUUUUAGUUUAAAGUAUUCAAGGAUUCAAAGUAUUUAUUAGAUAGCGGUGGGACAAGAAACAAGGUUAGUCAGUUUUAUUUACAUCCUUCAUAGAAACCAAAUAAAACUAUUGUUAAUUUAUGCAACCAUUAUUGGUAGUGGACAAACACAGUUUGUGUGUGCAUGUAAAUGCAUGAAAUGUUUUACAUGAGAAGACAAGUGUAUUAGUGUUGCAGAGCAGAGAACUAGUUGUGAUGUUAAUAUGUUGAUGACAAACUUGUGUUUGCAUGACAUGCUCAAAUUUGAUUGAAACCCUAAAGCCUUACUCUAUUUGUGUGUGUGUGUGAGAGAGAGAGAGAGAGAGAGACAGAGAGACAGAGAGAAAGAGAGAGAGAGAGAGAGAGAGAGAGAGAGAGAGGAUUGGUGUGUUGAACAUUAUAUUUUGUCCAAAGCUGUCAAUUUUCUAUGUACACCAUGUAGUAUUUUGUUAAAGGCCACCUGCUAUAAAAUGACUCGAAACAAAUGUUGAAUUUGUACUGUAUAUAAAUACAUAUGUUCUUGUUUCUACACUUGUUGGUAAAAUGCUAAUUAUGCAGCAGCGGGUAAGAAGUGUGAUGAGAGACAUGUAUAUCGUCACUUAAAACCUUAAUGAAGCCCGGGGGAAAGGCAUAAUGUCAGGAAGGAAAUGAGGAAACAAAGGCAAACAAGGCAGAGGAAAGCUAAAUUAUGUGUUUUGACAGCUUUCUGCUCUUGUGGUGUUCUUGGCCGUAUCGAGGAAUUACGUGUCAUUAAAAAAAUGACACGUGACUGCAGUCUUGAGUGCUCAGAAUGGACUUAGGAAAGGUAGUCGAAACAGAAAAGUAGUCAGAGUUGUCUGAGUGAUGCAAAAUACUGAAGGUUUUCACACUGCCUCAAAGCUGUAGUUUUACUGUGGAUUCAUCUUACCUGGUGUUUGUAGCUCACCUGUAGCACUACUAUUGAUAUGCUCUCUGUUCUUAAUAUACAGUGGCACUGCUGGUUGUUUAAGUGUGAAAGUCAGUGAUCUUUAUUCCCCUGUUGCAAACAUACAGUGCCUGCUUGUAAACGUAAUGUUUUUUCUAUACAAACGUUCCUAGUUAUACUCAAACUAGUUGUUAUCUUACUCUUUCGGAGGUUUUUCUCGCAUGACUUACACACUUAAAUAUUGUCAGUACUAAAUUUCAGUGGAUCCUUAUAUUGUAUAUUGGCAGGUCACCUUGUGCUGUGAUUCUAGAUGAGGAUUGCAGACAACACAAAUGUUUAUAAUGAUACUCCUGAAAUAUGGAUGAUGUGUUCUGAAAAAUGUCCAACUGAUGUCUUAUUUUUGAAUAACUCUUUGUUUGUAUUCUUUAAAAUGUGGCUUAUAAUUGAAGAGAUUUACAAAGCAGAGAAAAAAAACAAUAAACAGUUAUCUGACUUCUGACGGUUCAGGCUGUUCUGUUCUUGGUUAGGCCUACAGGGUAGGAUCACUGCUCAACUUUGGAUUGACCCUUUUUUUAGUUACUUUUACUCUACUGAUUUGCCAAAAGCGUAGAAAAGUAUUUAAAGAACGUUGCAUCACAUCUGCACUUUUUUUGCAUUUAAAGCAGAAAUGCAUUGAACAAAGUCAAGAGGAGAUAAAUCCGUAAAGCCAACAAUGUUACAUUUUAUUGAUACUAAUAAUUACUAACGAUUUUCUGAUGUAAGUACCGUAAGGUGUGCCCAAA